AUGCGCCACCACGUCGUGACUUUGUGCCUCGCGGCCACGACGGCUCUCGCAGCCCCCAACGAGCCCUGCUACGCCGAGGGCCAAGCAGGCGUGUGCACGACCGAGGCCGCCUGCGCCGCAGCCAACGGCACCACGGCCACGGGCGCGUGCCCUGCCGACGGCGCCGACAUCAAGUGCUGCUCCAAGGGGCGGUGCGGCCCCGACUGCGCCGGCAACUGCCGCUGGCAAUCCGACUGCGCGGGCUCGUCCACGGCCAACCUCUGCCCGGGGCCGCCCGAGAUGCAGUGCUGCUCCAGCCGCGACUCCGGCUUCGGCGGCUACGCGGCCCCCGCCAUCCCCCCGGUCGGCGACUGCAAGCCGAGCAGCGUCGAGGGCGCGAAAAAGAUUGUCGCCGCCUUCCCGGGCCGCGUGUGGGACGUCGGCUGCAAGCGGGACUGCGAGUGUCCUGGCACCUCGGACCACUGCUGUGGCCUGGCGAGCGACAUGAUGUGUUCCGACGGCUUUGGCGUUCCCACGCUGUCGGGCAAGCAAAUAGCCGAAUGGGUCAUGCAUAACCGCAAAGACCUCAAGCUCAAGUACGUCAUUUGGGGGCAGAAGAUCUGGAAUCCCACCGUCGAUGCUGAGCCCAACCACUGGGAGCACUGGCGGACUAUGAAUGACAGGGGCGACGUGACGCAGAAUCACUGGUGA